AAUUAUAUUUGUUAGGUUCGAAUGAUGGACUGACUGUUUUGCAGGUGUCGCCUGGUUGAGAAUGCUUUUCCUGCAUGACAUGGUCGGACUGAUAAGUUCAACAGCUGAUGGAGGAGUUGGCGAUGGAAGGAACGAUUCGUCGUGGGUGAUGAUGAACUCAAUGGUUCUUCACUUCACCAAGCACGAAUUAAUUUUGGUCAACUUCUGGAAGACUGGAACAGUCCUUGGUUUGUCCGUAUCUGUCCUUAUCGUUUUCUUGUUAAGCGUCGUAUAUGAAGCAGUUAAAGCUCUUCGCUUAUACUUUGCUCGAAAUCGUGCUGUUGAACGACAGAAUCAACGUAUUCAGUCAAAUAUUGUUAUUCGAGAAUCAUCAGAACAUGUCGAUAGCGUGAGCACCGAAAUGAUUUCAUAUUCACCUAUUCUUGGAUUUAAUGCCUAUUGUUGCAGUAUCUUUUUCGAUAAGCAUGAGUGGUUUGCAGACUUCGGGCAUUGAAACAACUUUUCACGUUUUAUCGAAUAGUGCAGUCAUUAUUAUACUUUACGCAGAUACUUUUGUCGUAUACCUUAAUGCUUAUCGCAAUGACUUUUAAUGUUUGGAUAAUACUUGGGAUUGUAUUUGGCGAAGCGACUGGUUACUUCCUUUUUUCCGAAGAACCAACUUCUGAUGAAGAACCGACAAGUUGUUGAUGCUGGCGAAUUUUUUCCUUCCGUUUAUUUUUACUCACUUUCAUUGAAGUAAAGAAUUUCAUAUUUCGUAUUUCGCUAGAAGUUGGUAACUUUACUUCUUACCAUGAUUAAUGUAUCAGAAUCUUCAAAAGAAACAGAUAUUAGUUAUUUCAAAAAUAAAGACAAAAAUAGAAGACAUGAGUUUAAAGUCUCCAGUUUUCGGAAAUAUUUCGCUUUUUGGUGGUGCAAUUUUUAUGACGUUGACAAUUUAGAGACUUGUAUUCUUGUAUUAUAUAUGGAUCCAUCUAUUAAUAUUUGCAUUAAUCAAUUUUACUUUCUCUCUGUUGUAAAAUGGAUUCAGUUUGCUUUGAAAUUAUAUGUUGUUAUGUGUUAAGCUCUUUGGAUACAUUGUUCUCUAAAUACAACGCGUUAUUUCCGACUAUGAUUUCCAAAUAAUCGCUUUUUUACUGAUGUUUUCAAAGGUUCUUUCAAUUCAAUUCUUUCAAAAAAUUUUUUCACUCUUUUUUCGUAAUUUGCAAUACAUUCGUAUUUCCGAUUUAGUAGUUUAUAUUUUUAUACUAUCACCUAAUGCGAUUGCAUUUCGUUUAAUGCUGUACAGCUUAUCCCAUUGAUUAGUUUACGAAAUUUAUUGCUCAUUUAACAUUUUCUAAUAAAAA